AUGUCAGGAGAAACAAUCAGGUCUAUUGAAGAUCAGGCAAUUAAAUUGGAACCUAUAGAAUUUUCAAUAGAAGCCGUUAAAUGUGAAAUUGAGGAUGAAUUUGAUGCUGUUGAAGAUAUUGUUAAGUCUGAGUCGUUUUCGGAGGACGGAGAAACGUGUCUCGAAAGAUUCAUGAAGACUGAGGUAACUAUAGAAGAAGAAGACCAAACGGUGUUAAUUGAGACACCUGCUUAUGAAUUUGACGACGGAAUACCUUUUUUAUGUACAAUAUGUGAUAAAGUAUUCGAUACACUUCAUCUAUUAGAUCAGCAUGUUUGUGAACAGAUCACGGAACAACCUUCAAGCUUACAUGUAUCUGAUAAGGUAAAUAAAAAUAAAAAUACUCUUACUGUAAAUAGUUUUCAUACAUGCUCAAUAUGUGACAUGACAUUUGCAAAAACGAGUACUUUGAAAGUGCAUAUGCGUAUUCAUAUAGGAGAACAUCCAUUGAAAUGUGAAAUAUGCGAUAAGAAAUUUAUAAAAAUUACCACUUAUAAGUCACACAUGCUUAUUCAUACUGGAGAACCACCUUACAAAUGCAAAAUAUGUAACAAAAACUACAGUCAAUCCAGUAGUUUAAAGCGGCAUAUGGUUAUUCAUACUCAAGAGCAUCGUCACAUAUGUGAAAUUUGCAAAAAGCCAUUCCUUGCUGUGGGUGAUUUGACAAACCACAUGCGUGUUCACACCGGAGAACGUCCUUAUAAGUGCAAAAUUUGUGAUAAGGCAUUUGCACUAUUGUCUAAUAUGAGGUUACACAUGCUUAUUCAUUCUGAAGAACGUCCUUACAAAUGCGAAAUAUGUAACAAAGCAUUCAAAGUACCCGGUGUAUUGAGGCAGCAUAUGAUAACUCAUACAACAGAGCGUAAUUACAAAUGCUUGAUAUGCAAUAAGACAAUUGCACGACAGCAUGAUUUUAAUGAGCAUAUGCUUAUUCAUACAGGAGAACAACCUUACAAAUGUGGAAUAUGUAACACAGCAUUCCGUACCUCAGGGAUUUUAAGAAUACAUAUGCGUACUCAUACAGGAGAACGGCCCUACAAAUGUGAGACAUGCGGUAAGGCAUUCACACAAUUCGGGAAUCUAAAAACGCACAAGCUCAUUCAUUCUGGAGUGCGUCCUUAUAAAUGUAAAAUAUGUAAGAAAGCAUUCCACGCGUCAUAUAAUUUAAAGAAGCACAUGGUGAUUCAUACAGGAGAGCGUAAUUUCGAAUGCUUAAUAUGCAAUAAGACAUUUUUACGACAGUAUGAUUUGAAUCUGCAUAUGUUUAUUCAUACAGGCGAACAGCCUUUCAAAUGUGAAACAUGUAACACAGGAUUCCGUACAGAAACUAAUUUAAGAGUACAUAUGCGAACUCAUACAGGAGAAAAGCCCUAUAAAUGUGAGACAUGCAAUAAGGCUUUCACACAAUUAGGUACUCUACAAUCGCACAGGCUCAUUCAUACAGGAGAACGCCCUUACAAGUGCGAUAUCUGUAAUAAAGCUUUCACACAAUCAGGUAAUCUGAAAGGACACAAGCGUACUCAGCACAGAGUUCGUUCUAAAAAUGUGAAAGGUGCAAUCAGAAAUUCACGCAAAAAGCACUCAGAUGAGCCUCAAGUCAAGAGCACUGCAGACCAUGGCUUUCAAAAUACCGAAUAGUGACAGUUAGCAGCUUUUACAUCUAGCAGCAGGUGAUUACAGUUUAAGCAGACCGA